AUGGAUCGUAAAACUAAACAAAGUAGAGAUGGCGGUGCUGACAUGGAUCGUAAAACUAAACAAAGUAGAGAUGGCGGUGCUGACAUGGAUCGUAAAACUAAACAAAGUAGAGAUGGCGGUGCUGACAUGGAUCGUAAAACUAAACAAAGUAGAGAUGGCUGUGUUGACAUGGAUCGUAAAACUAAACAAAGUAGAGAUGGCGGUGCUGACAUGGAUCGUAAAACUAAACAAAGUAGAGAUGGCUGUGCUGACAUGGAUCGUAAAACUAAACAAAGUAGAGAUGGCUGUGUUGACAUGGAUCGUAAAACUAAACAAAGUAGAGAUGGCUGUGCUGACAUGGAUCGUAAAACUAAACAAAGUAGAGAUGGCGGUGCUGACAUGGAUCGUAAAACUAAACAAAGUAGAGAUGGCGGUGCUGACAUGGAUCGUAAAACUAAACAAAGUAGAGAUGGCUGUGCUGACAUGGAUCGUAAAACUAAACAAAGUAGAGAUGGCUGUGCUGACAUGGAUCGUAAAACUAAACAAAGUAGAGAUGGCUGUGCUGACAUGGAUCGUAAAACUAAACAAAGUAGAGAUGGCGGUGCUGACAUGGAUCGUAAAACUAAACAAAGUAGAGAUGGCUGUGUUGACAUGGAUCGUAAAACUAAACAAAGUAGAGAUGGCGGUGCUGACAUGGAUCGUAAAACUAAACAAAGUAGAGAUGGCGGUGCUGACAUGGAUCGUAAAACUAAACAAAGUAGAGAUGGCUGUGUUGACAUGGAUCGUAAAACUAAACAAAGUAGAGAUGGCGGUGCUGACAUGGAUCGUAAAACUAAACAAAGUAGAGAUGGCUGUGCUGACAUGGAUCGUAAAACUAAACAAAGUAGAGAUGGCUGUGUUGACAUGGAUCGUAAAACUAAACAAAGUAGAGAUGGCUGUGCUGACAUGGAUCGUAAAACUAAACAAAGUAGAGAUGGCGGUGCUGACAUGGAUCGUAAAACUAAACAAAGUAGAGAUGGCGGUGCUGACAUGGAUCGUAAAACUAAACAAAGUAGAGAUGGCUGUGCUGACAUGGAUCGUAAAACUAAACAAAGUAGAGAUGGCUGUGCUGACAUGGAUCGUAAAACUAAACAAAGUAGAGAUGGCGGUGCUGACAUGGAUCGUAAAACUAAACAAAGUAGAGAUGGCGGUGCUGACAUGGAUCGUAAAACUAAACAAAGUAGAGAUGGCGGUGCUGACAUGGAUCGUAAAACUAAACAAAGUAGAGAUGGCGGUGCUGACAUGGAUCGUAAAACUAAACAAAGUAGAGAUGGCUGUGCUGACAUGGAUCGUAAAACUAAACAAAGUAGAGAUGGCUGUGCUGACAUGGAUCGUAAAACUAAACAAAGUAGAGAUGGCGGUGCUGACAUGGAUCGUAAAACUAAACAAAGUAGAGAUGGCGGUGCUGACAUGGAUCGUAAAACUAAACAAAGUAGAGAUGGCGGUGCUGACAUGGAUCGUAAAACUAAACAAAGUAGAGAUGGCGGUGCUGACAUGGAUCGUAAAACUAAACAAAGUAGAGAUGGCUGUGCUGACAUGGAUCGUAAAACUAAACAAAGUAGAGAUGGCUGUGCUGACAUGGAUCGUAAAACUAAACAAAGUAGAGAUGGCUGUGCUGACAUGGAUCGUAAAACUAAACAAAGUAGAGAUGGCUGUGCUGACAUGGAUCGUAAAACUAAACAUAGUAGAGAUGGCUGUGUUGACAUGGAUCGUAAAACUAAACAAAGUAGAGAUGGCUGUGCUGACAUGGAUCGUGGAAAUCACAAAGUUUUAUUUGUUACUUUGUCAUCUCUUUAA